UGGCUGCACAGGGAGGAGGGGAUCCAAUGGGUCAUAAAGGAGAGGCUGCCCUUUUUCCUCCAAAGUGAUGGCUACAAUGAAUACAGACUCCACACAGGACACAGACAAUGGAUUCGAGCGAUUUAAUGGGGAGGUGAAACCGAGGCUGAGCCUGGGGUCUCUGGGAAGGGGACACAGGUGGGGAUUUUGGCGCGACGUGAGGCAGGCAGGCGGUACGGCAGGUGAGGAACAGGUACAGAGGAAUCUGCGCAGAGGAACGGAGGUCAGACAAGACACAGAAACAACCAGUUUGCUAGACCACGCGGCCGGGAUACCACGUGGAAGUACGUAACGGUGUGGCGCUGUGAAAAGCCCGGGUCUAAAUACUGCAGGGGUGAAUCGUGGAAUGUGGAUCACCUGUGUGGGAACGGAGCAGGAUGGAUGGCCACGCCUCUCGCAGGUGGGAACAAACAGCACAGGCAGACACACAGGGGAAAAGCAUGGUACAAACACACAGGAUGGGGAGAAACGGCAGCUGACCCACAACACAAACAUCAUUUCACAAAUAAGUAACAGAACAUGGAUUCAUAUUUGGUUAAUUGCCUAUAUAUUUGAUUUCACAUGAUAAACAGCUGCGUUACAGACUUCUUUUCUGCGGACCUAUUGCUCAAAUACCUUGAUGUGUUCAGCAUUUUAAAUCAUGUUUGAGAUUAAGAAAAUGUGUGAGGACAAAACUUUCUCUGAAAUAUACGUUGUCUUUUCUAUCUUUGUUUCAACAGCUUGCUUACUUGUGAUUAUUUUCUAGAAAAGUGAAUGGUUGGACUUGUAAUGAUAACGUUUUAUUAAUACUGCUUACUUAAUAUAACUCAACUCUAAGUUGUCUGAACUGACUAUUGUCAAUACAAUUAAUCAUUUUAAGUUAACUAUACCAAUAUUUACUGCAGUUACAUGAGUUGACUAAACUCAGUUAUUUUCAGCAUUAACUCAAAAUGAAUGAGCUACUUUUCUUUAAAAUGUUGACGGAAUUGGUUUCCGUCAACAUUAGUAAGUAAAGUCAACUUAUUACAUUUUAGUGUAUGCAUAUCAUUUCACUGACCAACAUACAAAAUGGUUUUACCGCCUAUAUUCUGCAUUUCAUUUAAUUUAAUUUAUUUUGUGUACAUUAUGUUAUAUAAUUAUUAAAGGUAUUGCUCAGUUUUAGUCAUUCAGCUGUGAAAUUACGAUGCUGUUUGUCUCAUGCAGUCUCUUGCUUGCUUUGUUAUUAUAAUAAUCUGAAAAAUAGUUGUUUACUAGGAAAUAUAUUUCUAUUCAGAUUGUGAAGAAAGUAUUCAUUCUUAUGUGUUUUCUAUUAUGGUGGUGUAUAAUUCUUUUGUCUUUCUCAGAUUAUCCAAGAUGUUGCUCCAGAAGAACACAACCUUCCGUAUCCAGAGGAGGAAAGACAGUCCAACCCCGUCCCACUUUGACAUGGACAAUAGCAAAGCCCCAAAUAGCCCACCAUGCUUGCAUUCUCAGGAGACCAGAUUUGCAAAACAAGGCUCUCUGGGGACGCACAACGUUAAAUGUCUACCCUCUGACCAGAAGGAACACGUUGUGACCAGUACACCAGGCUUGGAUGAGUUUAAGGACUUUUUGCGAGGAAGGCAAGGAGAGAAACUGCUCAAUCUCUGGAUGGAUAUAACACGGCUAAAAGCUACACGGACCCAAGAGCGUAAGAGCAGGUAUUUGGUCGUGAUGAGGAACCGGUACCUGCUGAGCUGCAGCCGUAUCAGUCUCAAUGUGGAGCUGCUCUGCAGGCUGGGGCUGACUACCUCCCUCUGCUGGACAGAGGAGAAACUUCACUCAGUUCAGCCCUUACUCAUUGAGUCUCUACUCUCCUACUGGGUUCCUCGGUUCUGGACGUCCCGGAGGAUUCACGGAGGCCGCGAUGACUCCCCUUAUCCCGAGCUGAGGGCAGAGUGGUGUGUUAGGCCUGAGUCAGACACACAGCCCCACCGUGGAUCUAACACUCUCUGCUCUGAAACCCGUUUGCCCCUGUGCCACCAUGCUGUACACACACAGUUAUAUUCUAGCAGAAGUCAGUUCCCGGGCAGCAGAAGAAUGGAGAAGGCCCUUUCUGUUGAAUUCUAUGCCGGCUUAUACUUUUCAAACUUCUGUGAGCAAUCUGGAAACCAGCUGUGGGAGAAUGCACUUUACUUUUGGACUGACCUGCAGCACUACCAUGAGCUGUUCCAUCAGGACGGACUGGACACCUACCGGGUCCAGAGAGAGGCACAGCUACUUCACUCCAGCUACCUCCUCAGCUUUGCCAGGAGGAGCAUUGGUGUCGGCGAGGAGAUCAGAAGGGAGGUGUACGACCAACUCGUGCCCGCUUUUAAGGAGCUGUUUGACAAGGUUGAGGAGCACGCACUGCACAUCCUUCUGGAGCCUUGGACCCUGCUGGUCAGCAGGGACGAACAGUCCUUCCAGACAGUGUGUGUGCAAGAGGAGGUGCGUUGCAUUGACAGCCAGGAGCCCGGGGAACAUCUGUACAAGGAAUCAGUGGGCCAACUGAAACAGGUGGAGCAGUUCAGGUCAGAGUUAUUUCCUUCUCCGGUUACACCCUCGUCUCCCUUCUCAAAGGGCCCCCGGGCGCCUGACUCUCGGUCCAGAGUGUCUCCAAAUUACAAAGGCUACCGUCUAGGCUCCUUACUUUGCCACCCGCGCAAGAUCGGGCACUUAAUGUCCUUCCUACAGAAUCAGGAUGCCAGUAUCCAUCUGACAUGCUGGCUGGAUCUGGAGCAGUACAUGAGGACUCCUCAAAAAGACAAGGCUGUCAGACAGCGGAGAGCCACGAAUAUUGCCACCAAAUAUCUCAACAGGAAGUACUUCUUUGGCUCAGCCAGCCCCGCCACCACAGAGCAACAGAAUGCUAUAUUGCGUCUCGCAGGUGGACUGGAGCGUCUGGGUACUGGGUAUCUCUUCAACUCAGUUGUUCGGGAGAUCCAGGACAUCGUCAGUAGUUACAUUGAGAAAAAAUGGCUUCCGCUCUACAUGUCCUCAGCUGAGUUCACACAACAACAGGAACACAAACCAAAGGCCGACAGCUUGUGGAUGACGGCCGCCAAAGAGAUCCUGCUUUUUCGACGGACUCUACUUGACCCCGUCACCUGCACACGGUUCCAGCACUUCGUCUCCCUGAAAGGAGACUUCCCAGAAAACAAUGUCCGCUUCUGGCUGGAAGCGCAGAGAUACAAGGACCUCUGUCACUCCCACAGCGAUGAGGCCACGAUCCAGCAGAAGAGUUCCACCAUCAUUAAUGGUUUCAUCGACGCCUCCACCCCCCCGGCUCUGCAGAUAGACAUCCCUCCUCAACAGGCCCAGCGUGUUCUGGAGAAUCGCAACAGACUGGGUCCUUGCCUCUUCAGAGAAGCUCAGACAUCAGUGUUCAGUGCAUUGCUGAAGUUUUGGCCCCAGUUCCAAGAGCUGAGCAGCACUGUGCAAGUGGAGCAACCUUUUCCUUAGUUUUUCAAAUACAACCCGCCAAAGGUAAAACAAAAAACAUUGUGUUUUUUCAUAAUUUGGAUGACUGAUCCAAAUUGAUAUUUUGACACGUUGUAGCACGAGGUUUAUAUUUAUAUAUACUAUCACAUUUGUUAGUGUAAUAUGAAGUUUUGUCAUUGCUGUACUAUGACACAGUUACUUAUGUCUUACUGCAGCCUGUCAUUGUGAUUGUGAAAACGAAGUGCACGAUGAGGUAGAAGUUUGAGACUUGAUUUACACACAAUGUAAGAACAGUUGCUUGAGUGUUGUGGAUCAAUUUCUCCCAGUUGAGUGUGUGAACAAAUGUGUUUCAUCAACAAAAUGGGACCAGCCACGUCUCAGGGCUUGCGUACAAAAGAAAAGUGUAAAUCUCUCCUGGCUGUAAGUUCAGUGGGUUACUUGUUUCAUUCACAACAAGCAGAUUCACACUUCCAAUAAUAGCAAAACACUUUAUUUUGUAUCAAUAUAUUAUCCAUGUACAUACAUUAAAGGCAUAAGACCCAGUGGUGCAACAAUAACAUGUUGGGAUCCACGUACGGUGACGUUUAUAAAAACAAACAAACAUUUUGGUUGACAGCUGGUUUCUCUAGCGUCCAGCAACAUUAUAUAAUAUUGCACUUAACGUUGGCAUGAGACAUAUGAAGAAUGUAAACAUAGAGCUUUUUCUGCAGAAUGAACCAUGGGGCCGUUUUGAUGUCAAUGUAACAGAUUAGUUGUGUACUGCACAUUUCUAUCUGCAACACCGAGGAGGUUUCACACUGACUGAGAGCGCCCAUUUAAUGUUGGAAGAGAAGACAGCGUUGAUCCAAAAAGGUUUAAGUUGACAGCUGUUUUAGUGUUUAUUGUUCAAACAUCAAUUAGAUGUGAUGAGCUCUUCUAUAAUAUAUAUUUCAAAUGCAACAAAUAUCUUUUGCAUAAAUGUGUUAUGUUUUUGAUUAAAGGCUUAAUUGGAA